AUGUCUUCGUUACCAAUUAACCUUAAAGAUUGGAAGAUAGAGAAUAUUAUCACUUAUCUGGAGAAGCAGAAGGACAAAUCGUUCGUUGAAGAAAAUAAUGUGCAUAAAAAGCUUGAACAACCAAAAAUUAAUGGCGCAUCCUUCCUUCUAUUGACAGAAGAAUUGCUUUCUCGUAAUUUGCACAUCUACGACUUCUCACAUGGAAUUGCACUAGAAAUAGUCAAGACAAUUGGAAAACUAAACAAAGAUGAUAAUUUAUUUGCGUUACUAGUAGUUUUUGUGGUGAUUAUGGUUGUUGGAAUGUUGCUGCCAGAAGAUGAUGAUGUAGAAUUACCAGUAGUUAAAGCUGUUGUUGAACCGGCCGAUGCUGCAAGCCCACAAAACUGUUGGACCGCAGGCUAG